GGGGCGUAUCCCCAACGCAACAACAGCACAACUUCCGGCCGAUCCUCACAGACGAGAAACAGAAAGCUUUCUCUUUUCACAGAUCCUUGUAGAUUUAGUUAUUAACAGUGUGAUGGAACAAUAAAGAUUAGUGUGACGGCACGUCUAAGCAGCGUUUGUUUCGAACUGUGGAGAAAUCAGUGAACGCGGAUUCUGUCUUCCAGAAGGGUGAGUAUGAGCGAGGGCGAGGUGUUUCAUGAGAAACAGAGACUGGAGCUGUGCGCCAUCCAUGCCUUGAACAACGUGCUUCAGGAGAGAGUUUUUACCAAGGAGACAGCAGAUGACAUCUGCAAGCGACUUGCCCCACAGUGUGUGAUGAACCCACACCGCUCAGUGUUGGGCACGGGGAACUAUGAUGUCAAUGUCAUUAUGGCAGCUUUGCAGAGUCGGGGGCUCGCUGCUGUUUGGUGGGACAAACGCCGGUCCAUACAGAAUUUGUGCCUGGACAAAAUUCAGGGCUUCAUUUUGAAUGUCCCAUCAAGGGUGUCACUGGGAAUUGUGUCUCUCCCACUGAGGCGCAGACACUGGCUGGCGGUACGGGACGUCAACGGACAGUUUUAUAACCUAGACUCGAAAUUAAAAGGGCCUGCCUGUAUUGGCGGAGAAACAGAACUCAGGUCAUUUCUCACUGAGCAGCUUUCUCAGGAUGUUGCAGAAAUGCUCCUUGUCGUCCAAAAGGAAGUAGACGACGAUGGGACGUGGCUGAAAGCAGACGACACCAGGAAGUGAUGAAACCGAACAUUCUCUCUCUCUUUCUCUCUCAGUGUGGAGUAACGGCGGAGAAAAAGAGAAACACUGGAGCGCCGAGCAGCUUUAUGGAGAGCAGCACUUCAGGAAGAUGCUCGCAUUCAUCCACACGAAGGGAAGUCCAAGAGAAUGAUCUAGUGCUGCCUCAUAUGAAGGAGCCGUUUAUCUGAAGACACACUGGCUGUGCUUGUGGGAGACACUACUAUAGCUGUGCCAGCAGCGUCACUCUACUCUUUUCUCUCUUUCUCUCCUCUCAGGAACUACCCUCUCUCACUUUAUCUCUAUCUAUGCACUCCACUGCUGAAGUAGAUCAAAGAUUUUAUGUGUCUUGUUACAACUAUGCACAGAAAUGGUACUUUAGAGUUCAAGUAUGUAUGGUUCAUUGUCUUUUAGACGUCAGUGUACAUCUUACUAUGCAUAAACAAAGGAGAUAAGAGAUUGUAGCUCUAUCUCAUGCUCACGUCCUUUACUCUUUCAAGCUCUCUUGCAAACUGCCUCAUUUACAUCGAAACUGAAUAAAUUUGAUUUGUUAUUUA